CGCAUAUAGACUUCAGGGCACUUAGCCGCGAUUCUAUGGAAAUGUCUUGGGCAUGAAAUCCUGCAUGCGCCUGGGCAAAACUAUGACAUCCAUAGAGUUUCUGAACCCCUGAUCUGAUUGGAUUUGGAUAUGUUGGUCACCCAGAUCAGGGCUAUCAGGGGAUGCAAGAUUUGUGGGGAUAUGCUGUGCUUUGGGGUACUAAUUGGACUUUUGUAAAAAUGUUAAUGUAUUUAUCUGCCUUAAUUAUAUCACAGGCAGAGGGGAGGGAUUGUGUACUGUAGGUGGGGGCACUGGCGUACAUACCUGCGACCGGGUGUGUACGCCAGUUUGCCAGCCUCUUCCAGGGGGGCCCAGGAGUUGCCCCCUGAGGCUGGCAGUGAUGACACCGGGGGGGGCGGGCGUGCGAGGGAGGGAGCGCUCUCUGCUAAGCUCCCUUUAGAUGAAGUUGUUUUGGUGCCUGGCGUGUCCUUGGGGUCGGGGCGGGAGAGACGCAGUGUGACACCCAGUGUAUAUAUAUAGCGGACGGAUCCCGUCAUAGAAUAAAGGGAGGGAGGUUUACAUUUAUUUAUUUUUAAUCUAUUUCCUUUAUUAGGAUUAUUAGAAUAGUUUCUCGGUGACGGCUUCCCUCGCUGUUAAUUCUCAGUUUAGUGAAUAUCCCGGUUACCCUCUCUGCCUGGUGUCCCAGCACUGUCUGCACUACUCCCCCUACUCAGCACCAGCAGGCACGGGCACGCCCACUGUGACGUCACCAGGCCCGCGCUCACAGACUGGUUGUCAAGAUGACGAAGCCUCGUGCACUGCGCGUGACAGGCGGCGCCCAGGGUGGGAUUUACCAUAGAGAGGGCUAAUUACCAUAGAGCGGAAAGAGCGGCCGCCAAUUACCAUAGAGCGGAAGGAGGUGUGGCUACGUGCCAUUCAGAGGGGGAAGGCGGCGGCGAAUCAGCCGAGAGGAGCCUGUGUGGUCAGAUCGCAUUGCUGGUGAGUUAUAACGGAGAUAUAAAGCAUCGCGGGGGAUUGUGGGAGACUGUGUGAGAUCCCCGCCUCCCCCCCGGCGGGUUGAGCUCCCACACAGAGCGACCCAUCCCCCCGCUCGCCGGACACGGCGCGCGCUCUGCCCCCUCACACAGAGCAACGGCCGCUCACAGCGCGAGCUCUCCGCGUGCACAACCCACGCUGACACGCACCGCACUGUGACGUCACCGCGCCGAGUCUCCGCCGCUGCUAGUCAGAAACACAGCCGCGAGCUCCCCGCUCCAGGGCUGCAGUUACCAUAGAGAGGGAGGCGCGGCUAGGAACAAUUACCAUAGAGUGGAAGGAGCAGUGGCUAGACAGUCUCAGUAAGGCAUUUUCGGCCCUUAUUGUUGUAGGCUGGGCCCCGCCGCCCGGUAAUGCCCACAGCCCGGGUUAUAUAGCUCGGAGACCGGCAACACAGAGCUCAGUGACCCCGGGGGACCGCCAGCUACACUGAUACCUGCACAGCCUCCACCCCAGAGCCAGGACAGGUAAUGAUGAUAAUAAUAAUAGUAUUACCACCACCACCACCACCAUCAUCAUUCACUCUGCUACACAAACUGUGACUGGAGUGAGCUCACUGUAUGGAAUGGCCAAGACACUAUGAUGGGGGAGAGAGCUACUAUAUAAAUAUUAUGAGCUCUGCAAUAGGAAUAUUACUUGAUACAGUAUUCAUAUACAAUCCAUAUUUCUGAAAUAAUGAAAAGAAUAAUCCAUGUUAUUAGCUCCAUAAAUUAAAGGAUCACUAUAGUGUCAGGAAAACAAACCCGUUUUCCUGAUGCAAUGUCAUCCUUGGGGGGACCCUCACCCUCAGGGUCCCCCUCAGCUACUUACCUUAAUUCAGCACUGGUGACCUCUCCUCCCCCUUCGACGUCAGCUCCCCAGUGGAGCGGAAUGCACAUGCAUCCAGCGUUGCAGAAGCAUCUCUAACGGCAGUCAGGAAGGCAGCCACUAGAGGCUGGAUUAACCCGGCUAUGUUUACAUGUGAUGGGAGGGACCUGGCACCCAGACCACUUCGUUGAGCUGAAGUGGUCUGGGUGACUAUAGUAUCCCUUUAAGUUAACUCAUUCAAAUUGGCUCUUGUUUCUGUAAAGUAGUAUUUUCUAAAUAACACAUUUGCCACUUAAAGAACCACUAUAGUGCCAGGAAAACAUACUCGUUUUCCUGGCACUAUAGUGCUCUGAGGGUGCCCCCACCCUCAGGGUUCCACUCCCGCCCGGCUCUGGGGAGAGGAAAGGGGUUAAAACUUACCUCUCUCCAGCGCCGGGCGGGGAGCUCUCCGUCUCCUCUCCUCCCUUUCGGCUGAAUGCGCACGCGCGGCAAGAGCUGCGCGCGCAUUCAGCUGGUCUCAUAGGAAAGCAUUUACAAUGCUUUCCUAUGGACGCUUGCGUGUUCUCACUGUGAUUUUCACGCAAGCGCCUCUAGCGGCUGUCAAUGAGACCGCCACUAGAGGAUUUGAGGGCUGGAUUAACCCGUUUAUAAACAUAGUUUCUCUGAAACUGCUAUGUUUAUAAAAAAAAAAUGGGUUAACCCUAGCUGGACCUGGCACUGAGACCACUUCAUUAAGCUGAAGUGGUCUGGGUGCCUAGAGUGGUCCUUUAAAGGAGGCAUCAAGAUGUCACCUUCAAAUCAAUGCCAUUUAAACUAAAUCCACCUUGGCCAUGUUGGCAUUGCUUUCUAUAAACUGGGGACCCUUCUUUGUCAUACAAUAAUAUUUAGCAUGAACCAAACCAUGUUUCAUAUUUAAAAAAAAAACAAAAAAAAAAACCUGGCACCAUCAAUUCAGGGAUUUCUGAAUAAGUAACCGAGGUUUUACUAUAUGAAAACCAUCUGGGCUCACCCAAAAUGUCAUUGAUUUCAAUACACUGGGUACCCCUCUAUAUCAUCCAACAACAUUUAGCCUGAGCCAAAUCACGUUUCAUAUAAAGAAAAAACUGGCACCAAAGUGGCACAAUCAACUUAAUGCAUUUCAAUGGGGAUUUUUUAAUAAGUAAUCAAGGUAAUCUUAUUUUAAAAACAUCUUGGCUCUCCCAAAUUUUUACAUUGAUUUAAAUACACUAGGCACCCGUCUGUAUUAUAAGUGGAUAAGUGCUGGAGUUGUUUUAAACAUCAAAGAAACAUUUAUGGGUUGACACAUUUCGGUGCACUUAUGUGAAUCGACUGGCCCUUUAUAUUAGUCUAUUCAGGAAUCACCUGAGAUUUUGGUGCCUGAACUCCUCUGACGUGGCAGUGGUGCAUUGCCAUUCUUUGUGGCCGUCCACACUGAACAUGAAACCGUGAUACAUGUGGCAUUAAGCUGAAGGGUACAUAUAACCUAGGCCCCUCAAAGGGAUGCAUUGAUUAAAUUUUGCCGCGCAUGUGCAAUAGUCUCCCGAUGUUUUUCUAUUGGAUUGCCUGAGAUCAUCAAUAUUGAUAAUCUCACCAAUUGAGGUGGGUGCAGCACGGCGUGGGGGAAAGGAUGAGUAAAAACACCUUUCCCAUGUGAUUAGGAAGGGGCAGGUAACCUAAACAUACACACUGAUUUGAUACGCACGCUCACUGGCACACAUCAACACGCAUACUAAUUUACAAAUCAAUACUUUUUAUUAUUUUAAACCCACCCAGCUUCCCUACCUUUUUGGAGAGCUGGCGUGGAUUGGCUUUCCCUGGGGUCCAGUGGGGCUGCUGUCAUCUCUCUGCUCUGCUUCCUAGAGUACUGUUUAGUGAUGGGUGGCCAGAAUGAUGUCAUUUUCCAGCUCCCGGCAUCACUGGGGGGCACGCAAAGGAGCAGAGCACGGAGAAUACAGCUCCCUCAAGCAACCGAGGGAGGCGGGCCGCGUGCGGCUGAUUGAGGAAGCUGUAUUCUCCCUGCUCUGCUCCCUUGCGUGCCCUCCAGUGAUGCGGGGAGCCGGAAUAUGACGUCCCUCAAUCAGCAGUCUGUUUCCUUCCCUGAGCUCUCAAUGAGCCAACCGUCUGCUUCCAAUCAUCUCGCUGUAGAGGCUCACAAAUCCCAGGUGCCAGGACAAAUUUCCUGGUCGCCAUGGCGACUUGGCACAUGGUAUUUGUUGGGCCCUGACAUAUUCGGUUGCCCAGUGUAUUGAAAUCAAUGGUAUUUUGGGUGAGCAAGGAUGGUUUUCAUAUAGGAAAACCUUGGUUACUUAUUUAGAAAUUCCCAUUGAAAUGCACUGUUUUUGGUGCCAGUUUUUAACCAAAUUUGUGGUUAAAAAGUCUCUUUAAAUACAAGGACAUCCUCAAACACGUGCGUGUGUAAUGGACCGCCUGUACCCAGAGUCGUACCUCCGCUGUAGAUUAUGCCAGGUCCCGUAGCGAAUCAGUGAUUAUAAAUCUUGCAUACCCAAACAUCGGUCGAGACUUGAUGAAGGGUGCAAAACAAACUGGUUUAUUAUGGACAAGUUGCCUGUUUGUAUCCACGACCCCCAGCAUUGGGUCUUCAUUCAAUACAACAGUAAGCCCGCCCAGGCGUCUCUGUGUCUGGGAUAUAAGUGAGUUUGCUUUUGCUUAAACUAAUUAUCUCCCAGACACUCAAUGUACAAUAUAAAACACCCCAAAAUACAAAUAAGAUAGAUGGGAACCACCACAAGUCAUAUAUCCCCAGAUCUGAGCACCCAAGUUAUCCAAAGUUUUGACUGACCGCACACAUGACUGCUGCCCAAAAUAGUUCCUGGAGAAAAGGGGAGCAAAUGUUUUCCUCGUUCGGAAGUGUCUUUCCCUCUGAAAAAGCACUCUCCUGGCUUGUCUAUGACAAGGUACAAUUUUCCCAGGGUUCGCGAGGUAAAGUAUCAAGAAAUAUAGUUCCACGCACUCUAUGACCAAGUGCCUGCCUGUGUUCGGCAGACAAAUUCGCCACUAUUUACUAGAGAACAUGUGUUUCGCUUAUACGAAUGGCGGCCAAAGAGAGAGAGCACUUGAAUUAAUUGUUUCUUUGACGUUAAUGAGCCAGGGGGGUGAUCUGUGUUCGGUAGCAUGAAAAUUACAAACCAAAGGGAAACAUAUUGUUUUCGGUUAAAUGGGGAAAACAAAAUAUAUGGAUGUUUUUCACAAUAGUCUUUUAGGAGUGAGUUAAUUACUGUGUGUAUGUAUGGGUAUACGUAUGCACACAAGAUGGGCUUCUUAAUGCUGUAAAUGUAUCAUUAUUAAUCAUCCUCAGAUUACAUCACAUUGACGUUUCAGUCCAUAAGAGGACUUUGAUCAGGAUAACCCCACUGAACAAAAUACCAACCAUAAAUGGCAUAGUGCAGAAUAUUACAAAGUGGGAAGUUCCCUCCCCCUAGACAAAAGUAAUACCUGUGGUGUGUUGCACCAUGGCACAUACUUCACAAAUGUGUGUGUGUGUGUAUAUAUAUAUCUCUAUGUCUCGGUUGUUGGAACUGGGUCCCUGUGCACUAGGUAUCGACCAAUAUUAAUAUUUUAUUUUUUUUAUUUUUUUUUAGGCCGAUAACUUACCAAUAUUCUGUACAUUUACCAUUUAAAAAAAAAAAAAAACUAUUUCUACACAAAUCUACUGUUAACUGAACAUGUUUGUUUAUUUUUUGCAAAUCUUUUUAUUUUUGGUUACCAGCUUGUUCUUGAAAACCUGGCAAGUCUCCGUGCAGCAAUACUGAAUAAACCCCAUUACUUUAUAAACCCAGUUAUUGAGCCUUGACGGCUAAUACUCCUUUAUAUUACCUGUAAUUCCAUAUAUUUGUGAUUUUUUUUUAUUUUUUUAUUUUUUUUCUUUAAAUAUAUUUUUAAAAUAUAUAUUUAAAUUUUUUUUUUUUCCCAGAUGGAUGUUUACUCAAGGCUACACCUAAAAUAGCCCAAAUACAUAUUUUCCUGAUUUUUAAAAGAAUAAAGAAAGCUGAAAAUGUGUGAAAAUUAAAUAAUCAAAGCUAUUGGUGAGUACAUAUGAAACGAGUAAAAGGAUUCAACCACACAGAAAAUAGCAUAUAAAAAGAGAGCAUAUAUAACCCCUCAAAUAUCUGAGUGACUGUGAAGAAGGAAAUCUGAGCAUUCAUACAGUGACCGUUAAAAUUAUGGAGAAUUCAACAUGUGAAGCAGGAAAUCGUAAAGAUACACGCCAAGGAGGUAGACCAUCUACUAUUAAAAAAUCAACCAGUUGCACAGUUCGAAGGUUGAGUAACAUUGUUGUGUACACACAUAUGGGACAAAUACAAAAAGAGUACAUUGUGGAGGAAUUGAAUGAUGACGGAAAUCUCUCUGAUACGGACAUAUCUGAAUCCAUAGUACAAACACAGACAGAAUGUGUAACUACUUCUAGCAAGAAUGCACUAACUUUGCAUGAAGAAAGUGCGGCAGAUGGUUACAGUGACUCAACUAUGGAAAUUAUAACUGUUAACGUUACAGACUGUAUCAGUGAUGACGCACAAAGAACACACAGGGAGCCGCCAUUAAAUGCGCGUAGAGGGGAUGGUAAGACCAACCGUAAUAAAGUGAGUGGUAAAUCUCGGAAACAAACUCACACCUCCCCAAAAUGUCAGAAAAGUGUUACUAGCAAAUCAAAUCAGACGGGACAAGAAGCCAAGAAUGUGGCUGUACCUGAAUGUGUAAAACAGCCCUCUGAUAAUUCAAAUAUUGUAAAACAGGAAUUUAAAACAGAAGAAUUAUCAUUUGAUAACAUAAAUUUAACCGGGCAAUCAGCAACUGUUAAACAGAGAGGCAACAAGCGUGACCAGCGCUUUAUAUGUACUGACUGUGGGAAAUGUUACAAUAGCCAUUAUAAUCUACUCAUCCAUCAGAGAAUUCACACGGGGGAAAACCUCUCUGCGUGUGCUCAGUGCGGCAGGUGUUUUACCAAUAAAAGAAUUCUUAGUAUACAUGAGAGAAUUCAUACGGGAGAGAAGCCGUUCUCCUGUUCAGAUUGUGGGAAAAGUUUUGCUGAUAAGUCAAACCUUGUUGCGCAUCAGAGGAUUCACACUGGCAAUAAACCAUACUCCUGUAUGGUAUGUGGGAAGUGUUUUACUGAUAAGUCCAACCUCAUUGCACAUCAGAGGAUUCACACAGGAGAGAAACCUUUCAAGUGUUCUGAGUGUGGGAAAGGCUUUUCACAUAAUGUUAAUCUUGUGACACAUCAGAGAAUUCACAGAGGUGAUCGGCCCUACGCUUGUUCUGAAUGUGGAAAAUGCUUUACUGAUAAAUCAAAUUUUGCCAAACAUCUAAGAAUCCACACAGGAAAAUCAAAUGCUACAUCCUGAAUAAGCAAUAUGUCUCAUUUACUUUUAGGUUACUACUACAACUAGCUGUUAGUGUUAUAUAGCUUACUGUUCCAUAUAAACAUUUACAGAUAUGUUUGGGUUUUAAUAAAGUACAUUGAAAUGAUAACACUACAUGUAAGGACUAGUUGUAUUUACAUCAAUAUCAAUCAGAAACUAUGUAAUGCCAUUCCUUGGAUAUAUUCGUAUAUAUUGUCAGAACCCAGCUAAGGUUCUGAUUAAAGGGGAACUUAUACGUACAGAAGUUUCUUUACUAAAAUCAGGAUUUUAGGUGAAUUUGAAAUAUAAGGUCAAAUUAACCAAAUUGGAAAACAUUCUGUUAAAAUUCACUUUGAUUUCUCACUAUAGUAAAUGGUCCUGCCUUUUCUAUAUUUACAACAAACUAACUAAACAUUAGCUAUGGGAUGUGUUUUGUUGCAGGAGUUCUAACGUUGUGCUUUCAGAUCCUUGCAAAUGACGUAAAUCAGUUUGUCAUACAUUCUUACUCUGCUACACUCAGUUACUCAAACACAUUUUUGCAAAUUAAAUCUGAGUGGCAAAAUGAUCCAAGUUGUCAAUGUGAAGGAGAAUUUUUUUUUUUUUUUUUUUAGAUAAGCAAUUUUUAGUUCAGAUUUAACAUUUAUAUUUAAUUUGUGAAAAUCUUGAGUUUAGUGAAUUUCCAAAUUAAAGUAUGGUGCAGAAGAAAGAAAACUGUCCGUAUCAGAAAAGAUACCGAUCCUCCAUGUGGACUGCAGGGUUAUUUCAUCAGAUACAGUGAAAUAUGGUGGAUAGUUUAGACUCCAGAAUAAAGUAUCACGCACAAGAAAUCAGUUUAUUGCUAGAGAUCAAUAGGUUAGGAGAGUUAGAUGAAAAAAAUGGUGAGGUUUUGUUUUCCUGUGCAUUCAGCUGAGUUAUGGGUUUUCCUGCUAGAAUAUAUUGGAAAAGAACUUGUUUUAAAAAGUUAUUUUAUGUGGUCAGUCGAGACACCAUCAGCUUCUAACAGUUCUUGGACAGUCAGUGCUUCCUUAUGUGAUCUAAUGAGCUUUGGCAGAGAUAAUGAAGACCACCAUCUGCAUCCUGACCAGCAUGAAAUAGCAGUGAGAAAAAAGUAUGUGAGAGAUGGACGAGCAACAAAUGAGGGAAGGGAUAUAGAGAGACCACUAGGUGCUGGGAUACAUGGGUGACACGUGACCGAGGAGAGACACAAUGAGGGUGGCUGGAAUGCAAGGGAGAGACAGGGGGAUAGGGCAGGUGUACAGAGUAAAGAACUAGCACAAGGGUGUGGAACAAUAAGUAGAUGAGGUACUAGCGAGAGAUGCAACUUUGGGGACUUGGAUAUAGAUGGAGAGAGACAAUUGGUACAAAUGAAGCUGUCGUACAAGAACACGUUGAUAUAUAGACAAAUGGGUCUUGGUGGAGAAAGAAAUGAAGAGACCAGGAACAAACAAAAAAAAAAACAUUUGGUGUUAAGUGUGUGACACACUUCUAUAUUCCUGUAUCCACGUAGUGUGCAUCACUCUGAUAUGUACUAGAAAUUAAUCCGGGCUUUUACACUGAAAAACACGUAUUUGCAUUAACAUAUAUUUAACCCUUUCAAAAUUACUUUCCCUGAAUUCUUCUAAAUUGACAUUGUCACAGAUAACUACCUAAAACAUUUAAAGCAGUGGUUAUAAACAACAUAAUGAAGGACAUAUCUGCCAUUGUCCACCAUACCACUUAACAUAAGAACAGUGGUGGGUGGGCCAAUUUAAGGAGAAGGAGGGCCUCUCAGAAAAGGGCAUGUUAGCCUGGCGUGAACGAUGGUUGGCCCCACUAAGGACAUUGUGCUGUUACAGUGCUCAGUUCCCUUAGCCUAGUCUGAGCAUAUCUAAUGCACUGGUGCUAUGCUUUCAAGAGACUUCCCUGGUGUCUACAAAAGCAGGAAACAAACCCUGGACAGUCAGAUAGGAACCCAAAAUUAGGACUGGAUCACAGAACCGCUCACAAAAGAGAGGUCUUCAGUCCACAAAUGAGAUCCAUGGAUUGAUUUUCAUCAUUGGCUUCUUUUAGAGAAAAAACUGUUUAGGGUUCUUACAUAGUACCUCUCUCCUUCACCUGUACUUUUUUACACUCCUUUACUUUUCUCCUUUUUUUUUUUUAUUCUUUUGUAUGUCUCCUUGGUUUUUGUGUUUUAUAACAGGCAUGUUUCAUAGUUUUUAAAUGAAACAAACAAAAAAAAAAAAAAACACCUUACCUGCAUACUAUCCCAAAUGUCUUUGAACGUUAUAUAAUAGACAUUUGUAAUAAAACUACAAUGGCCAUUAAAGUGAAAAAUCACCUAUGUAAUCAAGGUGGUACUAAAAACCUCAGUUAUUUGAAAUAUACAUAGGGAUAGUGUGUAGGUAACUUUUUUAUGUAUUUGGCUGAUGAAUGCUAUAACUAUUGAGAUUUUGAGCGCAGGGCUUAUUUCUAUGUCUUAUUAUUUGCUUAUGUUAUUAUGCUAUGUUUUAUUGUUAAACUAUGUAGUCCAGGACUUGUCAAUGUUUUAGAGCUUUAGUGUUGGAUGUAAUAUUCUUGUUUGAUUUCCUGAUUUUUCUUCCUAUGUAUGAUAUCUACUAAUAAAAUAAAAAAUUAUUUAAAAA